UGUCUGCUCCAUGCCUGAGAGCUGUGCUCCCACGCCGGGGCGAGAAGAGCCAUGGAGGAACCCGGCGCUCAGUGCGCCCCUCUGCCGCCGCCCGCGGGCUCCCUGACUGAUCUUCCGCCUCUGGCCAACCUCUCGGCCACCCGCUCCAGCAACUGCAGUGCCGAAGGCUACAUUUACCAGGACUUCGUGGCGCUGCCGUGGAAAGUGUUGCUGAUCAUCCUGCUGUCCUUAAUCACUUUGGCCACCACGCUCUCCAAUGCCUUCGUUAUUGCCACUGUGUCCCGGACCCGGAAGCUGCACACCCCAGCCAACUACCUGAUAGCCUCCUUGGCUGUCACUGACCUGCUGGUGUCCAUCCUGGUGAUGCCCAUCAGCACCAUGUACACUCUCACCGGACGCUGGACGCUGGGCCAGGUGGUCUGCGACUUGUGGCUGUCGUCGGACAUCACCUGUUGCACUGCUUCCAUCCUGCACCUCUGUGUCAUCGCCCUGGACCGUUACUGGGCCAUCACGGACGCUGUGGAGUACUCAGCCAAAAGGACUCCCAAGAGAGCCGCGGUCAUGAUCGUGCUGGUCUGGGUCUUCUCCAUCUCCAUAUCUCUGCCUCCCUUCUUCUGGCGCCAGGCCAAAGCCGAGGAGGUGUCGAACUGCGUGGUGAACACAGACCACAUCCUCUACACAGUCUACUCCACGGUGGGCGCUUUCUACUUCCCCACCCUGCUCCUCAUCGCCCUCUAUGGCCGCAUCUAUGUGGAAGCCCGCUCCCGGAUUCUCAAACAGACGCCCAACAGGACGGGGAAGCGCCUGACUCGAGCCCAGCUGGUCACCGACUCCCCGGGGUCCACAUCCUCGGUUACCUCCAUUAACUCCCGGGCCCUUGAGGCGCCCAGCGAAUCCGGGUCUCCUGUGUACGUCAACCAAGUCAAAGUGCGAGUCUCUGAUGCCCUGCUGGAAAAGAAGAAGCUCAUGGCCGCUAGGGAGCGCAAAGCCACCAAGACCCUAGGCAUCAUUCUGGGAGCGUUUAUUGUAUGCUGGCUGCCCUUCUUCAUCAUCUCACUGGUGAUGCCAAUUUGCCGGGAUGCCUGCUGGUUCCACCUGGCCAUCUUUGACUUCUUCACGUGGCUAGGUUACCUCAACUCCCUCAUCAACCCCAUCAUCUAUACCAUGUCCAAUGAGGACUUCAAACAGGCAUUCCAUAAACUGAUCCGCUUUAAGUGCACAAGUUGACUUGUUAUUUGCAGUGGGGU